CUUGACGUCAAUCAAUUUAUCGAUUAACAGUCAGCUGUUUACGCCUGCCAACUGCCAUCUCUAGACUUCAAAUGUAAAUUUAACGAAAUUAGCAAAACAUCAUAAAUAUUAGGCGAUUUUGAGAGAUUUUUCAAUGGCAGACGAUCCAAACAAACCCUCUACCUCGUCGAAAACUGAAGAUGCUCCCCUGUUCCCGCCCGCAAAACCUGGAAAAGGAGUUGACUAUGGGACAAACAACACAUUGGAGCUGCUGGAGCGGAUUCCCAGCCAGGUAGUGGAUCUCAAGCUGGACGAGGUGCUGACAGCCGUCAAGGAAGUGGAUAAACUUUGCGACUAUCCGCGGUGCAAGACCAAAACCAGCCUGAUGGGCCAGGACUGCCAGCAUUGCAGGAAGAGAUUCUGCUUCAAGCACGGACUGCCAGAGGUGCACGGAUGUGGCGAGGAGAUCAAGCGGGACGAGCGCAAGAAGUUCCUGCAUCCCAAGCCGGCGAAAACCAUCAGACAGGAGGAGGAUGUGAAGCAUGCGAAAAAGCGUCUGGAUGCUAAGCUGAAGGAAAUGCAGUUGGGACGAACUCAAAAAGCCACCGGGGGAGGUUCCAAAAAAAAGAGCGGAAAAUAGAAGAAGUAGGAUUGUGUUAGUUUAUUAAAUCUUAAAAAAUCCAAUGUUCAAGGUGUUUAAAAUAAUAUCAGUUCGAUCAAAGUGCUAUUCAA